CUGUGAAAGACUUUGAAGCGCCGAAAGAAGCGCGUGAGGACCAGGAGCCAGACUCGGGUCUUCUUCUUCUUUUACUUUCAGUAGUCACAGACACGGCAAGCAGAACCACAGUCCAGCAGCUCCUGUUUAUCAGCAAGGUGAAGAGUAGGAGGUGGAGGAGAGGAUAGGAAGGGGAGACAGCACCAGUGUCUUGGCGCAUUGGAGCUUAUGGAUUAUUGAGAAGUGAAGGCCAAAACGUGGAUCAAAUAUUUAUGAGGACUUUUUAAAAAAGAAGGAAAAAGACGGAGCGGGGUAGCGCAGAGAUUCCCCGCAGUGAUUCACCUGCCCGUUCCAGUGCCGUGUGUGCGCUCUCACUUGACCAGAGACCAGAGAAGCUGCUGGGUGAAAAAAAAAAAAAAAAGGACUGUGCAUCUAGCGCGUGCGUGCGUGUUUGCGAGUGUGCAGCGUACUGGUGUGCGCGUUUGGAAAGGAGCCCCCCUGCUGCAGUAGUCUACUCGCUCGCCGCGCGGGUACAGGGAUGCCACCGACUUGCUGACGGACCCCCGGUAUCCGCACCCCUCCCCUCCUCCCGGACGGACGGACACACCGACCCCUGCCAUCCCCACUAAUAUGCAAUGGUUUUUUGUGCAGAAGCCGACAGCUGCCGCGUACCGCCGACUUCACGCUAGCGCCGCCGCAUGCCUGUCCGUCGCUGCCGCUCCUCUCCCCGCGCCGCGCGGCAGACGACGCCAUUUGAAGAGGAGCGCUCGGGGGCUUUCCACGCCGCGGCGGCCGGGCAGCAGCAGCGACCGCUCCUCGGCUGAGGACCGCCGGCAGCUGGGGCAGCCGGAGGCGGGGACUGAGGAGACAAGCGCCGCGGCGGUUGCUCUCUUGCUGCCGCACGGGGACGACGUCGACGCGGAAUACGUGCGGUUGGUGGUCUCCGAGCUCGUGGGGGAACCGGGCGAGAAAGCGGGCGAGGAGCCGGGCUUCCUGCUCUUAUUCUUGUCUAUGGUGCAGGUCGGGGCGGCCAAGCACCGCCGAACUGAGCCCAACAGCUGGCCGGCUCUGCUGGCAUGCAAACAGGGGGGCGUAUCAGCCCCCAUGCGGUGGGUGAAUUUUAGGCUGCCGCAUCCGGAGCGCCUCUCGUCCCCCACCUCCUCUUCCUCCACUUCUUCCUCCUCCUCCUCCUCUCCCCCCGUCUCGGCCAAAUCCAUGCGGUUUAUUUGGAACAACAUUUUCAGCAAAGGAUCGCAUAUGCUGCAGUGUCUUUGUGGCAGGAGCCUCAAGAAAAACAAGAACCCAACUGAACCACAGCUGAAGGGCAUAGUGACCAGGUUGUUCUGCAGGCAGGGCUUCUAUCUCCAGAUGGGCCAGGAUGGAAGUCUGGACGGGACCAAAGACGACAGCACCAACUCCUCUCUGUUUAACUUAAUUCCUGUGGGUCUGAGAGUCGUGGCCAUCCAAUCAGUUAAGACCGGUCUCUACAUCGCAAUGAAUGGAGAGGGUCACCUUUACUCCUCGGAACUGUUCACGGCAGAGUGCAAGUUUAAGGAGUCGGUGUUCGAGAACUACUAUGUGAUCUACAGCUCGAUGCUCUACAGGCAGAAAGAGUCGGGUCGGGCCUGGUUUCUUGGCCUCAAUAAAGAGGGACAGGUCAUGAAGGGCAACAGGGUCAAAAAGACCAAACCAGCAGCACAUUUCCUGCCUAAACCCAUAGAAGUUGCGAUGUACCGAGAGCCUUCGUUACACGAUGUAGGAGAGGCAGUUCCCAAACUGGUCGGGUGCCCGCCAUCAAAAAGCACAACCACUGAACCGGUAGUCAUGAAUGGCGGCAAACCAGUCAACAAACCCGACAAGGAGGAGACAUAACCCCGCUCCCUGUUUUCUCCUCGCCUGGCUGACGGGAGGCCAGGAGAAGCCACAAACUCGCCCCCACCCCCACUGCUGCGCUCUCCAAAAAACCAAAAACUGCAACAAAAAAGGUAACAAAACGAACAACAGUGGGACCACAUGUCCUGCCUCACCGGGGGGCCCGUAGAGACCACGCUGCAGUUGACGGCGGGGGGAAAAGGGGAGAAGGAAGACAGUAAAGUCAGGCUGAUGUCUGACUGAUAUUUCUGAACUGGGACAGUAGCAUGUCCUCAUCAUAUGGCAGAAAGCAGGACUUAAAAUCUAAACAAAACAAACAGAAAUCUGGAAAAAAAAAAUGUCCUCACCGGUAUUUUUCUGUGACAAUCUGUAAGAAUGAGGCUGUCGUCCCCCCCGCACCCUCUUUUUCCUUUUCUGUUUUUUCCUUUGCCUGGUUCGCUCGCUUGCUGGUGGCCACAGACACACAUGCACGCAGCGCAGCCUCCCCACAGAAAUCGACCGCGCGUUCGGGUUCGAUCUUUGAGUAAAUAAGGAACAGAUUAAAAGCAUCAGCAAACAUUGGGCGAAGAGAACACCUUAAACCAAACACUGAUGAUUCAGAGGACGCUUAGUCAUCGAUCAAUUAAGAUUUGGCACAGGACAGUCUGUACUAAGCACACAAGGACAUGUGCUUGGAAAUUGCCGAAUGCACUAAAUACACGGUAAUCGCACCGGUUCACCUGUCCCUACUUUUGAUCACAUAAUAAAGAGAGACUUGUCAUUUAUGACCACAUAGCUUAAAGCAUGUUUGACUUCUCAGUAUUCUUUUACUGUCUGUUUGUCAGUUAUUAUUCUAAACAAACAAAGCACUAGUGAUUUUUGAGCUACACUGCUGUACAGACGUAAAUCGGAUUUGAGUUUCUACCUCUGUGUCUUACACCCCCCACCCCUUUCUUUUGUUUUGGUUCCUUUACAAAUGCUAUGAUUUCCACAUCGCUGACAUAAGUGCAGCUCAGGAGAGGAGGAGGUCGGCUGAUAAAUGAAGAGUUUAGGCAUCGAGUUGCUCAAAUCAGCAUGUAGCUGAGUAUUGAAAGGAGAACGAUUUACACAAAUUCCUUGUUUGUAGCAGCACAGAGAGUAUUGGAGGCAUGCUGGUGUCUAAGCAGCAUGGUAGCAGUCAGUGUUUACAUAGAGUAGCAGAUAUUCUAGACUGGUCGGCUGGCGCUAUAAGCCUGGUAGAACUUUUAUUUUUAUUUUAUUUUUCAAUUGCCUUCCCAUGUACUUGAAAACAAAAGCAGGAAUUAGGAAUGCUGAACAGGGUAACUGAUGUUAAAGCCACUGUGUGUAGAACUUGAACAUCUCUCGCUUGACUACCCCAGUGUGUCGGAACCAAGGCCAGGUCUAGAUCGGGAAGUGUUGCCAAAAGCCAGUAAAAAAUAUGGAUGUAGCUUCUGGGUCUGAAAAACGAAGCAAACGCAGAAGUGCCUUAGAAACCUGUACUCUUUUUAAUGGCCAGCAGGGGGCAACUCGUCUGGUUGCAAAACGACUUCUGGCUGUAUAGAAAUCUACGGGAAAACAGGCCUUGGCUUUCUUGGUCUGUGACCCCUGUAAACACUUACCUGAUGACUUUAUGUGCUUUCAGGUCACGCUGAAUAAAACACCAUUUUCCAUUUUGUCAAUUAUGGUCAUUUUUAGAGUUAGGAUGAUUACCCUGGUCAGCUCAUUGGCUAACAGCUGGUGAUUGCCAAGUCACUAGCCAGUGAGCAACUGAUCCAGUAAACAACAGCCAGAUCUGCGCCUUGUUGUCACCAAGACGCAGUGACGGUAAAAACAUUCAGCUUGAGGCUUUAAAGCAAGACUUUACUGAGCACUGGGGGACGUAACAGUGGCUAAGUCCGUCUUUUAUACUGGCUUUGGUAUUGCCAAGGGUCUUUUGCAUUAGUCGAACAUUUAGAUUCUUCAGAGAAUUUAACAAAAACGCACUGUGAAGUUGGUUCAAUGAAAAAAUUUGCUAAACACAAAUUAUAAACAAUGAUACAAGUGUACUAUCAACUAAGUAUACUGCAAGGGUCCGCUUAAGUCCAAGUGACAGACUUCUGCCAUCAAAGGGCAAAUAUGAGGCUCUGCGUUAUAAUUAACUCGUUCAGGGUUUUCACAGGUCUUCGUGCCUUUAUUAUCAGUUUUCAUUGUGAGUUUAAAAAAAUAACCUAAACUGUAGGAUUAUAACAGUGAGUCAGUAAACAAUGAUUUAGAGUUAUUAAACACAUUUUAAAACCUCUCAACACACACAAACAGAAAUUAGGCACAACAAAUCAGCCACUUCAGUCUUAGUCAUAAUAGCAUUAGCGGGUCCUCUUCAGUGUGCCAGCUUUAGUUUCAUAACAGAUUGUGUCUGGUCCAAGUACGAGGACUUCAAGGUUGCAAAAGGUUCAGUCAUCAUAAAAUAAAAAUUCUUGUUAUCAAAAAAAAAAAUGGCCCUGAAAUUCAUAUUAGUCACUAGUUACCUCUGCCUCAAUGUUCAAGUGCCAUUGUAGCUGAGUCCAGAAGUUUAGUGGUUUUUAAACAUCAAGAGCCACAAAAUAACUCUGGGCUGUGCUGUGUGAUGAAUGGGCUGGGAAAGAAGAUGAUGCUUGUGAAAUGUCGGGCCGACAGUAAUUACACGAACGAAGCUAAAAUGAGGCACUUAUAAUUAAAAGUAAGAAAAAACCUCUCAAGUAAUUUAGCCUACGAUAUGUUUUAUAAGGCUUAUAGUGUAAUCUUUGUAAUGUAAACUCGUUAUCUGAGAGCUAACAGAUUCCAAAUAAAUGUGGUGGAAUAAGGAGAAGAAGAUUUUUCUCUGAAAUGUUUAAAGUGGGCGUGUUAAGGUUAUUUCCAGCUUUAUUUUUUUUUAGCUUUGCAUGAAAUACUGUUCAAAAUAAUGCUUAUUUGCUGCCCUUUAGUUAAUCCAGUGUCUGAAGGCAGUUGUUUUAGCUCCUCCUUUAAGCCAACUUCCUUUUGAUUGGCUGCCCUUUGUUUACUGGUUCCAGAGCUGUGCGCCUGAGCUUUUGACUCCUGCGUACACUAACUUCUUUAUUUGAAGCUCCGACCAUGUUCGAUGUGAACAUACUCCACUGUAACAGCAUAUGUAUAUAACAGAUUAUAAGGAAAAGCAUGAUUGGUUCCCUUUAAGUCUAUUAAAAUAUGCAGCAUGUUACCUUCCACCUCUGGUUGCAGAUCUGUGUGUCAACGCUGGAUGUGUGAAGAUCCGAGCAAACUGCCUAUCAGCGCUGCAUAAUCAGGCAGGAGAAAUGUUUGUUUUUGGCUGUUACAUUUACACACAGUGGCUUUAAAUCAGCCUGCGCACUGGCCUUCAGAAAUCUGUGUAGUUUACUUAAAGUGUGGAAAAAAAGGUAGUUUCUUUAGAACACAAUAAAAAACCCCACCAAACAGCAUGCAUCAAUCCCAGCGUUGAAUAAAGCGGUUGUAAAAAUCGAAACACUCGAGAACGACAGUACAAGGUAGAAAAUCAAAGAGAUCAAACCAAAUAGAUUCCCCCCGCUUCGCCCUCUCACUGUGACUGUCAACAUGGCGCCAGUCUGUUCUGGGCCUGAAGCCUGUUCAGGCUGCCAGCCUUUCUGUUUACUCGUCUUUCUUGUGACGGCAACACUAGAUGCCAAUUAACUCCUCGAGAAGUUACACUAAGUAGUUGGUCACAUCGCUGAGAUCCAACACUUCAAAUUAGCGUUCAGUGACAAUGAGGCAUGCAAAUGAAUAUCUUCUGCGAGGCUCAGGAUUGCAGUGCGUCUGCUUUUAAUCGAUGAAAACAGACACUGUGCAUCUCUCUCCCUGUUGUGUCGAGUCCCAGUUUUUUGGGGGGAACAAGCGCUUUGCACGCUAAUCACGCGACUGAACCACUGUUCAGCAGCCUGCCGACACGAACUAAGCCCAAUACCUACAUCAAACGAGCGCUGGCCCCGAAUCUGCGGCCUCAGCAACAGGUAUGUGUUGCCGUAGCGGACGAAACGCAGAGCUGGUGUAAAAGUCGUCUCGCUGCGUUGUGCAGAAGAUCCCCUCUGUGACUGAAGAGACUGUGAAAAACACUAGACAGCUCACAGUGUUUCUAAUUUUCAGAUUUUUUUUUUUCCUCACAUACGCCACGUUUUUUCUCUCCUUCCCUGAUCUCAUUAGCUGUUGCCUUCAUGUUCCAGUAUGUGUGGCUGACCAGCGUUACAUAAACUUAUCCAGUCUAUGUGGUGAUGCAGGUGUAAUUUCUCAGCCCUUAAAUGCUGUUUUGAAAGAAAAACAUUAGUUUAAAAAAAAGAAGAAGAAGUCUUAUUGAGCCAAAUGAAAAAAGAGAGAGAUGUUUCUUUGUCAUGUCGUGUUUCAAACUGUAAUCUUGAUACUGAAAAUCUGCAAGUACAUGUGCAGGUUAUGAGGUAAAAAAAAAAUAAAUAUAUAUAUAUAUAUAUAUUGCUAGCUAAAUGAGUGCCUCUCAUUCAUCUCCAGCUAAGAGAGCUGUGAGCUUGCAGGGCGGCUGUAGAUUUGUGUUAAACCCUCAGCCUUCCUGGAAUUCGCCAAGGUUUACUGAAGAUUUCCCCAAAUUCUCAGAGUGGUUUGACUCCAGCUCUGCUCUGCCUGACGUUACUUUGGAUCUUGUUGAUAAGGAAGACGUCUUUGACUGGUGUUGUGCUCGUCUCACAUCGAAGAAACGUGGAUGUAUCGUUUAUUGACUACUCGUCGUGUCGCACUAGGGGUUAGUAAUAAAAAAAAGGUUUAAAAAAAGAAUAAAAAUAAAAAUAAACCCUGACAAUCAGGUCUGUGAACUCCCUUUUUUUAUUUCUUAAUGUGUCCGGUGUUGCCUGUGUCAAAGCAGAACCUUUUUAAUGGCGCUAUAGAGGACGAUGUUUUUGUACUUAACAACCAUUAGGAGAUACAACUGGUAACAAGGCUCCAGGACAGCAGCUGCUUUUCAUUGAAUUAUUGUCAAGCGACUAAUUUGCGCUUCGCUGCUGGCAGAGGGGUAAAAGAUCGACUUAGAGAGGGAACCGAACCUUUCUCUAUUCAGAGAGCUUGUUAGGUUACCAGCAGGGGUCCCAUCCUGUGAAAGCAGCUAUUAAAGAUCUACGGGACAUGCUCAAGAAUUAAUGAUGGCUGAGGCCACCGAAAAAUGGCCCAGUUUCCUGGCUACUGACCAAAUAUAGAGCUUCAAUAGUGUUUCUAGGCUGGUAAUCACAGCUCCUGGUUCAAACAACGAAGGCACAAUUACUGUCAGCUUCUCCUGUGAGAGAUUCCUCUCCACCGGGUGGGUAGCCGGGUAGCGGGGCUACAGUCACGAAACGUCUAGCAGGCGUCUCAGCACAGGAAGAGAGUAUCUGAUUUAAUUAGAAGCGAGCAAUCGCGACAGCCCGGGUCAUUUUUAAUUUCCACAUACCAGUACCGCUCGUGUUCUUGUGGCAGGUACACAUGUAGCCAUCUUACUUUGUCCUCUGUGAACUGUAGCUUCUGGAAAAAACAAAACAAGACGAGACAUAGCAGGGCAAAAAAGAAAAAAAGCUUUUGUGACUCGACCACUGCGGUGCAGGUGCACUUUAGAGACACAGGAACAUGUAAUGGCUAGCACUGUACUCCUGAUGUAGCCUGUCUCCCUCAGGUUUCUUUUUUUCUGUUCUACUUUAUUCCUCUUACAAAAGACUGCCUUAUUACAUCUGAAUCUGCAACGAGACAGUAAACGCGCUCUCCUCCCAGCUGUUUCUUUCUCUGAACACUCUCAUCCCACACACGCAGCAGAUAGUCACUCCUCAUCCUAUUUUACUUUUCAAUUAUCCUUUGAUCCCCAAUCUUCUGUUCACUGUAACUAUGCUAGCUUUCGCUCUCUGCUCGUCUUGUAAUCAUGCAGCCAGAGAACUUAUCCCUCCACAACCACCCCCCCAAUUUCUGGUCCUCCCCAGUCUUUCUCGCUCUCUCUGUUUGGACAGUUUCCCCACCUGUUGCAUGGUUUUCAAAAGAGGAAAGACGACGAGGGCUAAUGCAUGUGGUUAUGUAGGAAAUGUGCUCUCGAAACAAAACAAACAUUUACAGCGUAGCACCGGUGAAGCAUUGCCUCUGGCUCAUCUCUGCUGUCGGUUAGCACUGGUCAUUUAUUAAGUAUUAUAGGAUCAGUUUCCAGUGGCAUCAGAGACGACUCACAAAGAAAUAUUGUUUUUUUUUUUAAACACUAUCCAUCAUUGCAAUUUCGCUAAUAUUGUUACACUAAUGCAAGUCUUAGUCUUAAUACUUUAAGCAUGCCAUCAAUAUUUAAUUCAAUGCCUGAGAGUAAGAAACGUUACUGUUGUGACAUGAAAAUAAGAUUGUUGAAUGAGAGCCUUUGCUUUUAAUAGCCAUGGCAGAUUAGAGAUUAGGAAGUUGUUUUAGUUAAACUGUUCCCCCUAUUCCUAAAACACAGUAAUCUUCUGUGACUCGAAAAUAGCAAAGCCAGAAUUGACUCAGAAGAUUUUCUUCCUCACUCAGUGGCUGGAUUGUGGUGUGUGAGUAUACUCAGAAGCCAGGCUCUAAAAAAACACCUUUCUUAGUCAGAAUAUAUCAUCUUUAUGUUACCUGGCACCCAGCUGGUGCUGCUUUUUCUUAAGUCACAAAGACAACAGCUUGUCGUGCAGUUAUUCUUUUCUUUUUACUUUUUUAAAUCAAAUAAAACAUAUUUUAUGAGCCAAUUAGUGACUAAACUACCCAGGCUUUUCCCACUGAUAGCCUUGAAACAGCAAGAGCGUGUAUAUACAUUUAUGUUUGCUUUCAAAAGGAGAUUCUUACUAAGUUGAACAGAUGUAACUCACAUAAAAGCAAAGUUAAGAUGAAGAAUAACAAAACCACAGCCAGUUGUAUCUCCCCAGUGCAAGCCAUGCAGGCUAUGAGCCAAAAGCAAAGUGUAGCUCGUGCUAACUUUAAAGGAGAUUCCUCUGUCUGUCAGUAAAUGUACAGUUACCUUUACAUAUAUAAAUAUAUAUAUAUAUAUAUGUAUAAAUAUAUCUUAUGCAAACAGAGUUUGUCUGCACUGUACAGUUUGUGUCCAAUCCAUUGUAUACACAAUGAAAACAAAGAUAUUGAA